AUGGAAAAAAAAUUUAAGUUACUCUUAUUUAUUAAUAUUGCUACGUUUAUACCUUUAACAUGGAUAUGCCAUUUUAGCAAUGAAAAUAGGACAUUUUAUGGAUCUUUGGGUGAAAACUAUAUAAAUGACAAAAAAUUAAAUACAAAGAAUUAUCGAUUAUUAGCAAAAUGUAAACAUAAUAAGGAUUCAUGUACUAUGGGGUUAAAAGAAUUGAUAUUAAAUAAUGAUAUAACAGAAAGAAAAGGUAUAUCUUAUAAUGAAAACAUAUUUGCACAAUUAAAUAGACAAUCAAAUAGAAGUUUAUCAAGGAAUAUAGAAAAGCACAAAAAAGAUAAGAAAAGUAAUUCUCGUAUAUUUGAAACAGAACAAUAUUCCCGUUUCGAAAAAAAGAUAUUCAAAGAACUUGAUUAUGCUAACUUUCUUAAAAACAACAGGGGGAUUAGUAAUAGGAUUUACCAAAAAAUAAUCCGUAAAAAGUACGGAUUUCGAUUAAGUUUACCUAUAUUUUUUGUUUUGUUGUUAUCAAUUUUACUUUUACUAGAUUUAUUCGUGGGUUAUGGAAUUAUAAAUGUUUUGUUUUAUGUUUUGAAAAAAAUCUCUACAGCAGUUGUGGCCAAUUCUGCAAGCGGUCAUACUACUUUUGGUGAAAUGUUGAAACCUUUACAUGAAUGGUUAAAAAAUUCAUCUUUUGGUUUAUUCUUCAAAGGAACUGCUGAAAUAACAAGUCGACAGAGUAAAAAAGUAACUAAGGAUUUUUAUAUAACCGGUUUCUUUGGAUUUCUGAUAUAUUUCGUACCAAUUUUUAUAAUAGGUGUCACGUGUAUAUUAGGGGUUUUUUACUACCAUAAAAAGGUUAAAAAAUAUGAAAAAAUUAAGUUUAGGAAAAGGUAA